CAUGACAGCGCGCGAACCUCCUGACUCUUUGCUGUCGAUUGUUUUCUUGCUUGUAUAUUAUUGCUAAAGGAAGAUGGCGGCGGAGAUGGAACCUCCACCGCUGGGGAAUGCAGGAGAGACUGACUUUAGGGAGCUAGAAGAUGGAGAGGACCUUUUUGUCAGUACUGUCACUACACUAGAGUAUCCUGAACCCUCAUCUCCAGAACCUGCCAGCCUACCUGCAGAAGACAUAAGUAUAAACUCAAAUGGACCUAAGCAAAAAGAUGUUUCAUUUGAUGACGAUCCAGAAGAUCUGUUUGCAGAAGCAACAGAGGAAGUUUCUCUGGACAGCCCAGAGAGGGAACCCAUUCUGUCGGAUGGUCCUUCUCCGGCCAUCACCCCUGUCACCCCAACAACUAUGCUCACCCCCAGGAUGGACCUGGGCGCUGCAGACAUGUUUGAGAGAUCCUUGGAUGAGAUUGAGGAGGACAACAAUGGUGACACCUUUGACAUCCACAUAGCAGUGUCCGAUCCAGAGAAAGUUGGAGAUGGAAUGAAUGCUUACAUGGGAUACAAGGUAACAACAAAGACCUCUAUGACAAUUUUUAACAAGAAUGAAACCACUGUUAGAAGGAGGUUUAGUGACUUUCUGGGAUUGCACAGCAAACUAGCCUCCAAGUACCUGCACAUAGGUUACAUAGUCCCUCCCGCUCCAGAGAAAAGCAUUGUGGGAAUGACUAAGGUCAAAGUUGGGAAGGAAGAUUUAUCAUCUGCAGAAUUUGUCGAGAAGAGAAGAUCAGCUUUAGAAAGGUAUCUGAUGAGAACAGUAAAACAUCCUGUCUUGCUGAAAGAUCCGGAUGUCAUAAUGUUCUUGGAGAGUUCAGAGCUGCCGAGAGCGGUUAGCACCCAGGCGCUGAGUGGGGCCGGAAUAUUGAGGAUGGUAAACAAAGCUGCCGACGCUGUCAACAAAAUGACAAUCAAGAUGAAUGAAUCGGAUGCGUGGUUUGAGGAAAAGCACCAACAGUUUGAGAACCUUGACCUGCAACUCCGAAAACUGCAUGCCAGUGUGGAGUCUUUGGUCUGUCACCGAAAAGAGCUGUCUGUGAACACGGCGUCUUUCGCCAAGUCGGCGGCGAUGCUGGGGAACUCGGAGGACCACACGGCUCUGUCGCGGGCCCUGUCCCAGCUGGCCGAGGUGGAGGAGAAGAUCGACCGGCUGCACCAGGACCAGGCCUAUGCCGAUUUCUAUCUGUUCUCCGAACUGCUGGGGGACUAUGUACGCCUGAUCACUGCAGUCAAGAGCGUAUUUGACCAGAGGAUGAAGACCUGGUCCAAGUGGCAGGACACCCAGCUCUUGCUACAGAAGAAGCGUGAGUCUGAGGCCAAACUACAGUUUGCCAACAAGCCUGACAAACUUCAGCAGGCUAAGGACGAAAUCAAAGAGAUGUGUUAUGUAGCCACUGACUUUGGAAAACUUUGCCACCACCAAGGAGUUGUUUUGGUUUUGCCACCACCAAGGGGUUGUUUUGGUUUUGCCACCACCAAGGGGUUGUUUUGGUUUUGCCACCACCAAGGGGUUGUUUUGGUUUUGCCACCACCAAGGGGUUGUUUUGGUUUUGCCACCACCAAGGGGUUGUUUUGGUUUUGCCACCACCAAGGGGUUGUUUUGAUUUUGGUAAAAAAAUCCCUCACUGACACAGCAUUUAAACUUCAAAGGAUCGUAAAUAUUGGUACAGACUAAUUUUGAUUAUGAAAAUAUCAUAGAAUAUUAACAAUUCGGCUGUUGUCAUUUCCUUUAGGAGAACACUGUUAUGAUCUGCUUUCCCUCAUUGCUAGCAUUCUGUAUCUCCCACCAUGCAUUACCAGUGAUUCAGUUGUUUAAAACGCUCCUGAAUUGCAGGCAUGUGCAUCACCCUAGGGCACAUUAACAUUCAAUUGUUUGUGCAUGAACAAUAGUUAGAUGCACUCACAUGGUUAAAUGGGUCUUUACUGAAUUCAAAACAAGCAUUUCAGCCUCAAAGAACCAGCGCUUAAUAGCCCUUUUUUGCAGUAAAUAAGAGUAAAACUUGGCUUGGGUUGUUUGUACUAACAAAUCCUUGAAUCACACUGCCUCCUCUGGUUAGUAGUAAGUAUGACAACCAAAAUGGCUGGCAGCAGACUUGUUCAGAUGUGUUUUGUCAUAGCAACAACGCAUGUUUUGUGUCAUAACAACGCAUGUUACCAGGUAUAUUCCCAGUUUGGUUUUUUGUUGCUGUUGUUGACUCUAUGACCUUUCCUUUUUGGACAUGGCAUGCUAACCAGUGCUAUGGUUAUAAUGGCUACUUACCCUGCUUACCUUCCAUUCACUGACCUCCAGUGGAAUGGCAUUCCGCUUCUGUUCCUCUAUUGUUCACCUGUUUGGCUACAGUGAGUUCAUGUAUGAAUUAUUUUUAGCAUUACAAAGCAUUUUCAGCCUCUUUUUUAAUUUCUGCAUUUUCCCUGCCAUGCCUCC